CUAUUGGCUAUUAUCUAAUAAUAAUAAUUUCUUUUAAUCGUGUCUUACUAGUUACUACUCAGUACUCUUACUGUUUUGUGCGAGUUGAUCGUUUGUGAAUAAAUUAAAUAUUUGCAUUAUCAAUUUUAUGAUUAACAAGUGACAAUUUCGUAUGAUUUUAUAGUACGUUUAUAAGUCAUCUCAAAUCUGGUUGUCAAGAAUUAUUUUUGCACUUUUGCUUCCAAAAUUCUUAUUCGUAUUUUGUAGUAAACUAUGAAUUCUGAUUCAGUUCAAGGAGCUGUUAAGUGGAUUACAUAUACGAAUCCAGUCGUUACUAACUCUGUACAAGGGUUUAAUUCAAUGCUAAAGUGGUUGGGAGUGGCAAGUUCCAGUGAAAAACAAAACAUUAUAAAGAUGGAGAGUAGCAAUAUAUUACAAAUGCUUGGUAAAAAUAUUUAUUUCUAUAAAAUGGCCGGCCUUUUAGGAGCUUCUGCUGUUAUAUUAGGAGCUUAUGGUGCGCAUGUUGUGGCUCAUAAAGCUAACCCAGAAGAAGCUAGAAAUUUUGAAACAGCAAAUCGGUAUCAUUUUUAUCAUACUUUUGCGUUAUUUGGUGUACCAUUUUGUCGUUUUCCUAGAGUUACUGGAGCUCUCUUUAUCAGUGGAACUUUAAUAUUUUGUGGUACAUGCUACUAUAAUGGACUGACUGCAGAUAAAACAUUUAAUAAAUAUACACCCACUGGUGGUAUGUUAUUAAUUGCGGCUUGGAUGUCAAUGAUACUUUAGAAAAUUAUUUUGUUAUUAUUAUUAUUUUUUUUCACUUGGAUAUAAUAUAGUUAAUAAAAAAUUUAUAUUUAAUAAAAAUAUUGUAUAGUAUUUUCAAUAAAUAAUAAUGAUGAAUCAA